GUCACCGAACGCGGCGCUCGGGAUUGGAGCCGUGACGUCACGACCCGUGGUUGCGUCAUGACCGCUCCCUUUCGGCUCACGGCCGCUAUAAAAGCUCGCCGGCGGCCGGUGCGCCCGGAUUUUGACGCAAGUUUGCCGACCUCUCAGACACAUUCAUGCAGGCAGCCUCGUCUUCGCUCAACGGGACAGCUCGCGAGAGAGGCCCUCUUACAGCGUACGUCGGCACCGGUCAUCUGUAACCAGCCUCCGGAUACCAGCCAUACCGUUUGCAAGCUCGUCGAGCACCGAGCACACUGCCGCACUGACCAGCAACCACCCUCGCGGUGUCUGAGCCGGAAGACCAGCCCAGCCCGAGUGCAGCUGCAAGCUCAGCGGGAUCGGAACCCAGCACGGAGCUCGAGUCUGCCUCCCAGGCUCUGGCGACAAUUGGGGCUGCACCGUCAGAAACCAUGCUGCUCCUUGAAUCACCGCAGAGCGCGGCGUUAAGUUCCACAAGCAGCCUCUUACACGCCGACUACCUCUCAUCCUCGUUCACAGCCGAGGAAUCGUUAUCGCUGAGCGAGGAGCUCAAGCUCCCCGGUCUCGAUUUAGUGGGAGCGCAGAUUCCUUCUGAGGUAUUCGGCAGCACCGUGAGAGAAGUCUCCUCUUACCAGGAGAUGUUCCAGUCGGGCUUCCCGGUGGUCAGCAGUCCUUCCCUCACCGAGCAGCCGACACCUUUGACUCCCUUGAGCAUUUCACCUGCAAACCCCUCGGCCCUGCCCAGCUUCGAGGAGACGUACUCGCCCAGGUACAGGCGGGACAUCACACACUCCGGCGUGUUUUCCUUCAAGUUCGAAGAGCUGCGCUCGGACACCGAGCUGCCGGCUGAGGCCGGUAGCCCUGAGGCCUACCAGGUGUCCGUGGGCGGCUUCUCUCCUAAGCCUCACGCGUCGACCAGCUAUCGGCCACCGUUCACGCCGCCACCUCCGCCGCCGCAGCCGAUGGCUGGCCCCUCCCAGGAGUUCUACAAGACAGAACCGCCGUCGUACCAGAGCUCAAGCUGCUAUGUGCAGUAUCAGGCUGAGCAGGAACAUGCCAAAGCCGGCUUCUCGGGCUACCUUCACCCGUCGCCACCCGUGUUCCAGAAGGGACUCGUGUUCCCGGGACCUUCAGAAAGCUCCAGCUUCAGCCUCGUUUCGGCCGGUUCCUCGUCCUCCCUCGCAUCGUUCCCGGGCGACCUGACGCCGCCACUGCCCAGCCCUGGGGGCACGUGGCCGCAGGCCCGCAAGCCGGCGCUCCUCAAGGCCGCCGCUGCCGCUACCAGCGAGCCAGGUGGACGGUUGGCCCCGCCGUCGGCCCCCGGGACGCCCCCGGCAUCGGGAUCGAGCGCGGCCUCGUCGCCCCCGCCCGCCACCCCGUCCUACCAGCUCUGUGCCGUGUGCGGCGACAACGCCGCCUGCCAGCACUACGGCGUCAGAACCUGCGAGGGCUGCAAGGGAUUCUUCAAGAGGACAGUUCAAAAAGGAGCCAAAUAUGUGUGCCUUGCUAACAGAGACUGUCCAGUCGACAAGAGGAGAAGAAACCGCUGCCAGUUCUGCAGGUUUCAGAAAUGUCUCGCUGUCGGAAUGGUCAAAGAAGUUGUGCGGACGGAUAGCCUUAAGGGACGACGGGGCAGGUUGCCUUCGAAGCCCAAGAGUCCCCAGGAGUCCCCGCCAUCGCCGCCGGUCAGCCUCAUCACGGCACUGGUCAGGGCCCACGUGGACACCUCUCCAGAUCUCGCCAACAGGGAUUACUCGUUGUGCCAGGAGAUGCCGGUCGAUGAAAGCCGCAGGACUGCAGCUGAAGUUCAGCAGUUCUACAAUUUAUUGACCUCGUCGGUUGACGUCAUCAAAACGUUCUCCGAAAAGAUUCCGGGAUUCAAUGAACUGGAGAAAAGCGACCAGGACCUUCUCUUCCAGUCUGCUAGCCUCGAGCUUUUUGCACUUCGACUGGCAUACAGGAUCAGGCAGGAAGAUGACGAGUUCACUUUCUGUAACGGCGUCGUCCUCCACCGAACCCAGUGCGAGAGGAUCUUCGGGGAAUGGUUGGCUGCCAUCUUCGAGUUCUCGAGAAGCCUGCACGCCAUGCAGAUAGACAUAUCUGCGUUCGCAUGCCUCGCAGCACUGACGCUCGUGACAGAGCGACACGGCCUCAAGGACGGUGCCAAGGUGGAGCGGCUGCAGAUGAAAAUCAUCGGGUCGCUGAGGGACCACGUGACGUACAACAGCGAGGCCCAGAAGAAGCCACACUACUUCUCGCGACUGCUGGCCAAGCUGCCGGACUUGCGCAGCCUGAGCGUACAGGGCCUGCAACGCAUCUUCUACUUGAAGCUCGAAGACCUGGUGCCCGCGCCGACGGUCAUCGAGAACAUGUUCGUCUCCAGCCUGCCGUUCUGAAGGCUGUGCGCCCGAACAUUCGCCCUCCGCACAUCGGAUCAUCCCCUCUUGUUUUGUCCCGCGUGGUUGUUGUCAAUCUGCCUUCGGUACCCUGCCGGGGCCGUCUCACAAUAAUGAUUGUGAUAGCAGUCGCGUCGUCCGUUUUUUCGUGUGUCUUGUCGAGGCGUUUCUUUGUGAUCCCACCCUCCUCACUCGCGCGCCCUUCCGGCGCUUCGUUUGUGUGUUCGUGUCCUGCACCCGGGGACUAGACCGGCGACCGCGAGAGCCACGCUCCGUAAAAGUGGCCGGCGCACGCCAUAGUCCUGUCGCUCGCGCACUCUCACCGUGGUAUGGCAUUUGUUUGCAUCGCACCCGUGAACAUUUUUAGAACUUGUGUAUUCCCCUUUGUAUGUGGCUCACUAUCACCUCUCAUGCGCUAUUUAUUUGCGUACACCCUGCGUCACCCGAGAGAGAAAGAGAGAGGCCCGCCCGGGCCCUCCAUACUUACACGAGUCGUCCGUGCUCCGCUAGACCGGCGUCCUGCCGCGCUACCGUUAGUCCCUUCGGCAGAGCCCAUUCUAGUCAGCCAGCUCGCCCUCUGUUUCGUUCGCAUUUCGAGUCAGCGUAUUCCGAGAUUGAGCGCAUGUUGAAGCUGAGCGCCCUUUCUUUUUGGGAUAUAUAUUCAUAUACGUUAUAUACACGCCGUACAUGAUAUACUGGUCCCCAAGGCGCACGUGUUGAAAAAAAUGUUUCUCGAGUCUAUUUUGCUGUUGGAUCUAGUCAAAUGUUAUGUGUGUUGCCCGGUACACAGAAGCGGACGGCCCGUAUUCCGUGUACUGUACCCUUAUUUGCUCGAUAUGCUGUACUCGCUUUCUAUUUCUUCUUGUGGUGUCCUGCCCAUUAAACGAUCGGCGGUCAGUCGGUUAGCACUUGUUGGUAAUUGGUCUCGCAGACCCACCGGAAAGGAAGAAAAAGGCAGAACGAGAGAGAAUGCCAUGGGUACUCGCUCUUGACAAGUCAUGUACAAAGAGAAGAGCCUGCCUUUCGUAUUUUUCUGUACAGCAGACGCGGCGACACGAUACACACACGAGACCCCUCACUGCCUUCCAGCAACAUUCCCCGCUACUUCGUGGCUAGACCAACUUAGUUACUGCGCUCUCGUGGAUGGCGCCCGGAGAGUAUCGAAACAUUCCACAAGCCGUUUGCUUCCUCUGUGCGCCCUUCAUUUUGCUUUCUUUCACGCUGCCUCUUCGCAAACCUGCAAUCGGCUCUCACGAUGUCAGCUUAUUUCCUCGAAUAUGUUUAGUGUUCAUUUCUUUGAGCUUGAGCGCAUAUAUGUGCAUAUAUAUACAGAUAUAAAUAAUAUACCAACGCGUGUACAUAAGAUACAUACAUCAAAACCGCCAGACAAACAGGCACGUGCUUUUGGCACCGGCAUCUUAAAGUCAAGGUUGCUCUAGUCUUUAGACAGUUUUAUUUUUAUCUGUCGACGUUUUUCACUUAGAUUGUUGUUGAAGAGUGCGGCUGUUUCGGUGUCUAGGGAACCAAUAUAUGUCGAUAGUACAAAAAGAUACGGGAGCUGCGCGCGGAAUUCCCGAGGCAAGUACACAAGACAGGUCCGGCGUCGUCCGCGCCGUGCUUGCGCCCUGCCCGGUGCUCACGCUUCAAAAGCGCCGCGGCGGUCGCGCGCGCGCGGCGCUUAACUCUAGCCUUGCCCCUGUCGUUGCCCCUCCUUGCAGACGCCAAGUCCGCCCGUAUAUAGCGUCGCGACUUGGGGCCUGGAUGGGAACGGUAACGGUACAGCGGUAACGGUAUCAAAUACCCCCAUCCUGUCCGCGCACCGCCUCGCUGGUGCGGUCCUGCGAGCACGUCCCAAGCGAAACCCGCCUCGCCUCCGCGAGCGACUCGCUCACGGCAGGUCGCACCGGCCGGGCCCACACACCGCCGGCAACACGCCAAGGGUGCCACCGAGGCGAAUAUGUGACGGGGCUCGUUCCGUUCGGCCCGUGGAGAAAGCGACCUGCAUAUGGCGUGCAGCUGGACUAGCGUUACGGGUGACCGGAUGUUCGCCCUUGGCGGGCGUCUGCGCCGGCGAGGCUCCUGGGACCGCGCCUGCGGCCCCCCAAAACCGACCAAACUUGCAUGACGUGCGGUCCCGCCGUCGUCCACCACCACCGUUCGUUCGAGUCGUUGUCCGUUCUGUUGCCGUUCGUUAGGGAGGGCAUCUGCCGGAGUACUCGUUUCCGUCACCAUCCCAGAAAUACUGUGCUGACCAGAAGACUGUAACAUGGUUCACGGUUCUCUUUGUGCUUUCAACCGCCCUUUUUAUGUUGUUGUUGUUGUUUUUCUUGAAAGACGUGAGUGAAAUACAGAAUUUGUUGCUGUUGUGA